AUAAGGCAACCAUACAGGUGUAUUGUGUCUAUUCCUAUUGAAAACUCAAACAACAAACGCACACAGACUCAAUCAGGCUAAAACAGUACAAGCACCGGGCAUGUUGAUCCUUCGCUUGGUCUCGUCGAUGGACUUGAUGUGAACAAAUCGUCAAAAUCGGACUUUACCCAUGUUUACCACAAAAGUUAUCACCCGAAGAGUAAGAAAAUCUGGAUAGGAUUUAAGUCACGUUUUUCCCUCGUGGUUUGCGACAACAACACAAGAACUCGUCAUGUGGUUUUCAUCAUCCCACUAUGAGCCCACGCUGUCUCGUCUGCGGUCCAUCAAUGAGUAAACACAAUUUACAUAUCUUUAUAUCUUCUUUGUCCGCCUCCUAUGACGAGUUCAAACGGAAACUACAAAUUUUUAAGCCAGGGUGCAGCCAGGCUGCUCUGUGCCAAGCCUUAAAAAGCUUUGUCUAGAAGCUAGCUGUCUGCACUCGUCUGUGAACAUCGCCGGCCAACGUGGUGAAAACCUUCGAUGGUGGUGGACCAGUUUCGAAUACACGGACCGGCGUUUCAGCGACAAUCUUGACAGAUCAUUUGAUGCUCUGAUAUUUCUUCAUUUGGAAAGUGAGUUGCUACUUUGGCUUUGAUAUUUACUUGAGGGCCCUUUUGGAGAGCUAUACAGAAUAUGUUUACUGUCAAUGAUGGCAAAGGUGUUGUCCGAGCUGUAGUGCACAGGCCAAGAAUAGAAGGAUUGGAAAUCCGUUCGUAUCGCAGUUCGGAUUAUGUUGAAUGCCGAGAGAUAUUCACAGAAGGCAUGCAGCAACUCAUCAACCUUGUCACGCAUGUCGUCUUUCCAAGAUUCUUGUGGUAUUUAGCUGUAGUGACUGUCUUUGCAAUUGCAGCAUCCAUUAAGUGGUCCCUUUGGAUCUUCAUUCUCUCUGUGUUUAUUUCUAUCAUUCUGUUGGCUCUUUUGUAUGUCGACGUCUACAUUGAGUGCUGGAAGUUCAUUAAUGACUGCCUUAAAACGGAUUUACUGGACAUUGACAAGUCCUACAUGUCAAACAAAGCCUCGCACAUGUGGGUGGCCGAGUGGAAUGGGAAAAUUGUGGGAAUGGUUGGACUCAUUCACAAUGAAACCCACAAGCCAGGUGUAGCAGAGCUACAGAGAAUGUCAGUGUCAACAACGUGUCGUAAAAUGGGAAUUGCCAGGAAACUCCUUGACCAGCUUAUCGAGCAUGCCAGAGAAGAAGGACUUGAGAAGAUUGUCUUGACAACUACGAGUGCGCAAGGGCCAGCAAUUGGAUUGUACAAGAAAUAUGGUUUCAAACGUAUGGACGUAUUCCCUUACCCUCAAAAGAUCCUUAAAGAUCUAGAAUACUGGUCGUUUGACCUUCAACUCUAAUUUUAAACAUCUCUGUGGAACAAAUAUCUGUGCUCUAACGUUGCAUAGGGGACAAGGGAAGGUGGACUUCACUUGGUUUUUGUUGGGAGGCCCUUAAAAAUGGUGGGAUAUUUUGAAAGAAACAUUGUUACAUGGGCAUAUGUCCAAAAUUCAGUUAAUUCCUUAUUGGAUAUACCAAUUGCUUUGUUCCCUAAAGAUAUCCAUACCUCUCUUACUGCAGUUUUGUUUGAUUUAACACCCCUCCCCCCCACCCCACCCCCACUUUGAUAACUUAGUUUGACUUCAGACUGUCUGAAAAAAUCUUUGGUGUUUUGCCCAAAUCCUCCCACUGAGAUUUUAAUGGCCUUCCUUGGGUUGGGUUUAGAUGUUCCCAGUUGGGACUGCACAUUCUGCAGAAACAAAUUACCACUCUUUCCUAUCGCAAAUAAAAAUUAAACUCUUACCAGUGAGAGGCAUGACGAUCACUUCUAUCACUUUUAUACAAACUCCCCCCCCCCCCUCCCAUAUUAGGGGGCAAGGGGACUGUACAUCUGGGGUAAAUAAUUUUCUUUUCUUAGUACAAAUAGUACUGUGAAAAAGUUGUGGUUUCAGAAUUUAACUGAGCAGAAAAUCACAUGUAAUAAUGCUAUUUCAAAGCCAGUGGUUUUCAUAGCAGUAUAGAUAGCCUAUAUAUGAAAGUUCUGUCCCCUUCCUAGCUGUCUCUGUCAGUCAAGAUGUAACUGUAAUAUGCUCUAAUAACAUUUAAAUAAAGCUGCAAUAAUUUGUAAAGUGUACAUGUAUGAUAAAAUCAUUGUCGUAAGCUGAGGUUUGAGUAAAUAUAUCAUACCUUAGGUCUACAUGUAGGCUACUGAACUUGGUAAAGUAAUAUUCUUUGCUAGAGGAUGACUUAUUAGUAUCACUGGUAAAAUGCAUGUAUAAUUUUGGUGUAAAUGGCAUAAUAUGUCUUUUAUACAAAGAGUCAAGUAACAUAUCUUUUGGUGAGCAUGAUUUGUAACUGAGAGAAUGUUUUGCUCCAAAGAGUUAAGUGCAAAAAAGUUCUUAAUGUAAAUGAUUUUAUAUAAAUAAUGUACUAUAUGUAUGCAUCUGACUGUAUAUUACUUGAUGAUAUUAUCAUUUCUAAUUUUCUAACUUUUACUGAAAUAACAUUCUCUGACUUUUCCCUGAUCAUGAAGAAUUUUUUUUCCCUAACCAUUUAUUUCUUGACCUGUGGUAUCCCUUUUGGGCAGGACACUUCACUGUCCAUCCAUUUAUAUGAAUACCAGCAAAAUUAAUGCAGGGGGUAACCCGAUGAGGAAUAUUAUCCCAUCAGGGGGGGUAGGGAGGUAUAAAAAUACUACUGGUCGUUUCAUGUUAUGGAAACCUGAGAUAAGCACCAGCCCGGGGGGGGAAUCCCAUAUCAAAAGGUCGGGGAUGCUCGCCACAAAAUUUGAAUUGACCCCUGAAAGGAGACCAAUUUGGGUGUGGCUCAAGCUUUAUUCACCCCCUAAAAGAUAUCACUUAAAACGUAAUAGGCUCGAGGUGUACCAGCCGCUGUUCAGGAAAGGAGACAGCGCCAAUAGACCGACUCAUGAUGCCGCGCGCGGGAAUCGAGCCUAAAAACAGAAAUGAGAGCGUUUUGUCAUUAUUUUUCCUCGAGUGCACCCUAAAAUGUACUUUCACAGCUAAAACAUAGUGGCAUUUCGUCAUAAACACCCUAAGUGAGACCAGACUCCUUGAUUUCUACCCCUAAGCGAGACGACGAGCAUCUUCGACCUUUUCAUAUGGGAGUCCCUCACCAGGGGCAUCUGCCUGAUGGGCCACUAGGCUCGAUCGGAAGAUUCAAGAAGGCUGUAUACCUCCAGGUUGAAGAACACACUGCCUUGCAGGGGAAGCCCUCUGUAUAGUCAGACUGUAUAAGUACUCACCCCAGUCCCCUGGGUGGAAGCAAAUCUCUAUGUAUUAGGACCAACUGAAGAAGGAACUGUUGGUGUCGGGAGAAAACUGAUUAACCUGUGUGUUACACAGGGAAAGCUGUAUUUUAACAACAGUUCAGUGCAACGGAGCUCAGAGAAUCUGUGGACGUUCUCAACUUACUUAAAAACAAUAACGUGGUGUCAGUAAGUAUGUAAGUCCGUAAACUUCCAUAGGAAACCAAUUCCUCUCAAGAUUUUCAAAAUGACGGACUAUCGUGUGACGUAAGACGGAUUACGGACGAAGGCGGUUACAGCACACGAAGGCGAGUUACCUUUUUUUCUCGCACUCCACGCUCACUCCUGCUCACUCUCGCACUCCACGCUCGCUGCUGCUCGUGUAUCGCGUGCGCACUUUUCCCCAUAAACGCUCUGCUUUCGCAGGCUAACGAAAACUGCGAAAAACGCGGGCUAUAUUUUUUCACAUGCACUUUAAGCUUAUAUGACUUGCUCCUUUUAAAGGACUUACCGGUAGUGGUCGAGAGGAAACUGAACACAAACGGAACACACACACUAAUACACAAAAUUGUCCAUUUUAAUAUAGCUCAAAUCUCAAAAAUAAAUAAAAGUAAUAAAAACUAAAAUUUCCAGUCAUAUUAAAUUUCUUUAUGAAAGAGUUAAAUGAAUCACUUCGUUUUGUUACCAGUCUUUCUUGAUACUCUGUAUCAAACUUCAUUCUUUCUCGUCCAAACUUUGUUCAUUUCAGUCCACUGACUUUUCAGAACUUUGUCAACAGCUGCCAGUUGAACACCGUGAACUGCAUCAGCAGAUCCGUCAGAUCAUUGUAUUGUUCAUGCGUCGCUGUGAUUUUCCACCUUCAAACAGUUCUUUACCUUGCCGUCUCCCAGGAACAUAUUCUUCCAUUCCUCGGCCAACCAACACCUAUCAAGAUCCUUGUACAUCCAUCUUUAGCUAUUUAUUUACCUUGCUCACAGGCAAAGUAGAUAAAUAGCCAAAGAUGGUUGUAAAGUUCUAAAGCCAAAGUUUGCGAAACAUGGCCACGUGGCCAUGCUCCGCAAAUUAACAUUAUCUUAUCCCUCCCGACCAUACUCUACAAACAUUCCUUUCUUUCCUCCAUCGAAAGCCAAUCAUGACCCACGUACAACAUUCCUCGGCCAUUUUUCUACUCUAUCCAUUCUCUACAACCUUCCCUCCAUCGAAAGCCAGUCAUAACCCAUGUACAACAUUCCUCGGCCAUUUUUUUUACUCUAUCCAUCCUCUACAACCUUCCCUCCAUCGAAAGCCAAUCGUAACCCAUGUACAACGUUCCUCGGCCAUUUUUUUAUUGUCUAUCCUCUACAAUCUUCCUUCCAUCGAAUAAAGCCAAUCAUAACCCAUGUACAACGUUCCUCAGCCAUUUUUUUUACUCUAUCCAUCCUCUACAACCUUCCCUCCAUCGAAAGCCAAUCGUAACCCAUGUACAGCGUUCCUCGGCCAUUUUUUUAACUCCGUCCAUCCUGUACAACCUUCCCUCCAUCGAAAGCCAAUCAAAACCCAUGUACGACGUUCCUCGGCCAUUUUUUUUUUCAUUCUUUCCAUCCUCUACAACCUUCCCUCCAUCGAAAGCCAAUCAUAACCCAUGUACAACGUUCCUCGGCCAUUUUUUCUACUUUUCCCAUCCUCUACAACCUUCCCUCCAUCGAAAGCCAAUCAUGACCCAUGUACAACAUUCCUUGGCCAUCUUUUCUACCUUGUUUAUCCUCAACAACCUUCCCUCCAUCGAAAGCACAUCAUAACCCAUGUACAACGUUCCUUGGCCAUUUUUCUGCUUUGCCCAUACUGACAUACCCCACAAACAUUCUUCCAUUUGUCCAUCGAAAGCCAAUCAUGACCCGUGUACCACCAUCUUUGGCUCAACUGACUCCACUCCAUGUAACCUUCUAUCAGUGUACUUUCCUGUUCACUGUACUUUCCUGUUCACUGUACUGUGUGAUAUACAUUCUAGCCUGUUCAAAGUUCAAGCAGUGCUCUUAUCCACUGAUGCUGAUUAGCUCUUUUAAGUUGUUAUCCACAUCUUGUUUUCUGGUAGUUAUGGUGUUCACUUGUCAAUCUUUCACAGUCUCUAAAUCCGUCAAUAACAACUCUUCCCUUUCUACUGGUAACAGUGUCUCGUAUUAUUUUGCAACUUAAUUUUGUGGUUCAUUUCCUUAUUACGCAUGCACAGGACGCAGUAUUUUUUUUC